AUGAAAUCCACGACAACGGAUUUAUAUUCUAAAUACAAGGACUAUAUUGAAGAUUACUAUAAUGCUGAAGAAGGCACCCGACGAGGCGAUUGGGUGUUCUCAAUUAUUGAAAAGUACCCGAUUCAAUUCUACGAAAUUGUGGAAAUUUUAAAACAAAUCUACGAGGUAGCCUCAUUUUUGAGUUUCUUCAUAAAUCUAUUCCACCUUCUUAUUCUCACUCGAAAAUCGCUGAGAAACCACCUUGUCUACCUUGUCAUGAUUGGAGUUUGUAUUUGUGACAUUCUCCAAUCUCUUGGAAAUAUGACUAAAAUAUUGAUGACAUGGAUGUACCAAUUUGAGAUUUGUUUCACCGGCGAAUAUUACAAAUACUCACAUAUGAUUGUGAUAUUGUUGACGAAAACGGCGCAGAUCAUGAGUCGACGAUGCUCGAGUUUUUUGGCGUUGUACAUUGCCGGCGUUCGAGCUUUGUCUGUGAUUUUUCCAAUGAGCAAUAUAGUCACGAGAUGGACAACGCCAAAAUCUGGAUUUUUUGCGAUGAUUUUGGUGGGGAUUAUUUGCACUGCUUGGAGUUUUAUAUUCUUCAAGAAUACCAAACUCGAAAAAGUACUAUACUGUGGCAUUGGUCAACCCAAACCCAGCUAUGUUCCAUAUAAAUUCAAAGAAAAUUCAAAAUGGGAGUUCACAUAUUUUCUGAUAGACGGAUAUAUGGCAAUGUUUGUCAGUAUUUCUUAUGCGAUCGUUGCGUUCGCUCUGGUCAUUGCCCUUGCUGUUGCAAAACGAAGGAGUAGGAAUUUGAAACAUGAGAAUAAGUCUAAUACGUCUGGGAUGAUCAUUCUCAUGACUGUGACCGUCUUAAUUUCUGAAAUCAGCUACGCAGUUUUGUAUCUACUCAACAAUGAAGUUUUUCAAGAUUUUGAAGAUCAAGACAUUUUCAAACAGCUUGAUUCAUUCGUCCUCACUAUCCUAAUAUUAAGCUCAACUGUUCAUUGUAUAAUUUGCUUUUUUAUUUCUUCACAAUACAGGGAUACUGUAAAAGGAUUGUUCUGGGAAAAGCGACAAGAAAAGGAUAUCACAGCAUCAGUGGUAAAAUCUACCGUGCCUCUGACUGAAGGAUCUUCGAAGCCGUCGAAUACAUCUAAUUGA